UACUAUGAUAAAAAUAAUAUUAUUUCUAAUGAAUUCUAUGUGUAACAUUAUUGUAGAAAAUAGUAAAUUUCUUACAAUGAGCGAUAUGACAUAGAAAACAUUAUGAUUAUGUUUUACAGCUAUCCAGAUUGCAAUUUAUAAUUGUUUUCUUUUUCAAUGCAGUUCCCAACGCUCAAAUUAAAACAUGCUCAUAUUAGAGAUAAAAAACAGUUACUAAGGACCAUAAACACUAUUUUGUCAGAUGGUUGCAACUCUUUGCAGGUUGUCACUGAUUUCGAUUUAACGUUAACUAAACAACAUGUGAAUGGAAAGAAUGUUCUCAGCAGUUUCG